UGAUGUGAGAGGUCUCUUCCAUUGCCACCUACUACGCGAUGGCCUGACUGUAAUGUCGGAUCGUACCAAGUCUACGGUUGCUCCUACUACCUCGAGGUCCCUGUCCGCAUCGUCCUACGUGUUUGUCACGACUAGCGACAGAGCACGUCAUACACUGCACUUGCACGUACCCACUCUCGUUGACUACUACUAUUAUGACAAAGGAUGAUGAACGUUUUGGGGCUCGAGGUCUUUAAAUUCCCCUCGAGAUCGAGUUCCUCAAACACACCUCCUCCAUUCCACGACACCUGAUCCCAUACAUCACAUCACAGUCCGUCCCGCCCCACCCCCUUCUCCGAGCUCCCUGACUGCAAACCCGCCAACGUUGCGGUAGGAGGACCACACAGCUUUUUCAUUUUGUUUCUCAUUCGGUUUCAGUUUCGUCGACUCGCACAACUUGAACUCAACGAAAGGACACAUAUUUUUUCUUGACCAGACGAUACACGUACGCACAAACAGAACCAUUCACAGUCAACGCAUCAUCGCAAUAUGGGAAACACCGUUACCAAGUCUGCUUCUGUCCCCAAUCUUCGGGCCCUCGUGAACGAGAAAGAUGAAUCCUUCGCUCACGACACUUCGUCCCCGGACUCUCCGCUCAAGCCGGUAGUCAUUGUCACCACGGACAAUCUCAACGAAGGCCUCCCACCGUUGACUCCCGGUACGACGAUUGCCAAUUCGGAAACCGAAAGUUUGGUCUCGUCCAUCUCGGACCCGCUGGCGAGUCCAGCCUCGCUCGACACCAUCACUCCCGCCCAGACCUUUGCGGUGGCGCAGUGGGACGGCCAACAGUACUUUGCGGAUUUGGUGCGCGACGGACUCGCCGCUCUCCACAAGGACAAUACCAACGUUCUCAUGCUUUACGAGAGCCCGUCUUCCUCCAGCACGGAAACAUCCUUCUACAACUCGCAAGUUUUCAACUAUCACGAUUUUCCCGCCUUUCCUCCCUACUACAAGUCCGUACUGGCACCCUGCCGCUACAGUAUCAUGAACGGGUCGACCUACCCCUCGUAUCUGCGAGAUGAUCCUCCCUCGGGUUUGAUCGAGCACUGGCAAGCCACGGUCCCGGACUUUGUGGCUCCCACCUUUGUUCCAACAAUCGACGAACAAGCUCAGGUCUACGCCUACUUGCCCGUGGAACACCUCAAUCUGGACAAUCACGUACUGGUACCACACGUUCACUAUCACUUGGCCGGCAAGGACGCCAUUCACCUCAUGACCAACAAGACCACCCGGCUUUUGGCCAACACGCAGGACGAGCGACCCUGUGUGGCCAAAGUCACACACGCCAUGGGUAGCAAAGGAAUCUUUGUCAUUCGGAACGACGAGGACGAGGUGGAAUUCAACGAGUUUUUGCUAGAAUCCGGCAAUCCCACCUUUGUCGUGACGGAAUACGUGGAAAUCGCCCGCAACGUGGCGUGCCACUUUUUCGUCCACCCUUCCGGCGACGUGACCUUUUUCGGUUCCAACGAAAACGUCCUCUUGCCCAACGGCGACUGGAGCACGGACUCGACCAUCGUCAUGGCCGAACAGGAAAUGCUCAAGAACAUGCAAUUGCCGUACGUUCAAGACGUGGUCGCCUACUGCCGAGCACUCGGUUUCUGGGGCUUUUGUGGCGUCGACGUGCUCUUUGAUACGAACGGCAAGGGAUACGUGGUGGACGUGAAUCCUCGGGUCACGGGAACCUGUCCGGCACUCAUGAUUGCCCAACUAUUGCAAGCUCGGUACGGCUUUACGCACGCACUCUUCCGACGUAACAGCUCCUUCGCGUACCGAGGCACCGCCGCCGAACUCUUGGCCGAAACCGAAGCGUACAACAAGGUUCACGAAGGAUCGAGUCGUAUCGUACUGCACAGCUUUUACGAAAAGAAGCCAACCUUGACUCUACUCAACAUUGCCGUCUACGGGACAUCUCUCGAAACCUGUCAGGAGGUUUUGGACCGCCUGGCACCUCCCAUUGAAGACGAAGAGGAAGCAUCCGCAUGAGAAACUUGAUUUUUGCUACAUGAGUAACAGUGCAGCGUCUGCCGUGUCUCUAAACGGUACUCACUACCUAUGUACGUAACCAGCCUGAACAAAAUACAUCUCUUCACUAAAGUUACGUGU